AUGGCAGGUGAAACAGCCAUCUUUGCGUUAUCCUUAAUCGCUGCCGCGAUUCCACGUUUCGAAUACUUUCCGCAUUCCACUGAACGACGAAACAUUUUGCAGGUACUGCUGCAGGCGGCACUGGUGUGGGACGAAGUACACGGUGCUCCAGCGAAGAAAAACGACAUACUCGCGGGCACGGAAUUCCUGUCAGUCUUCAUAAACGGCGCCAUGGCCACGCCGCCGCGGCGCAGAGGCUUCAGACGCGGUGGACAAACGGCAUCAUCAGCCGGUGACAGCGCGACAGCGGAAUCGCAUCAGCACGAGGCGUCGAUUUACCGAAUAUCACGGAACCCAGGCAACAGACAGGUCGUCCCGAGAGCACGGAACACCAGUGGCCGGGAAGAGGUCGUUCGAUUUUAUCCUAUCAGCCACAAGACGUUGGAGAACAGGCAACAGAACCUAGCGUCGUUGAUCGACGAGCUGAGCACCACAGGUGACAUAUCCUCGACGCGACUAGCUCCCCAGAGUCCCAUCAGCACGACGACGGUAACGUCGACGACGGCUCGGGAAAAAUCCUCGUCGAGAACAAACGCUACCAGCAAUUCGACGAACAAAGGAGUCAGCCGACAGAAGGUUAUAGGCGUCAGCGUGACGUCCACUGUGGAAGCUACACCGUAUAAGGUCAGGGUAGAACAUUACGACAACGCAGACGCCACUGUCGUUUCUAGACCUCCAAGUUCUAUCGGGAUCCCGUCUAAGGAUACCAUGAAAGAGCUGAAGAAUGGCACUACAAGGGCUCCCACGACGAAGACCAUGAGUCCCAGCACGACUGCGAGAACGACAUCGACUACCACUAGUACGACAACCACCACGAGUACAGCCAAAUCACCGACUACACCGCUACCACCUAGCUUCAUCACGGAGGAGCUCAGUAAUAUCGUAUCCGAAUCCAACAGAAGCGAAUUCUCCGUCGACGAAGGCUCACCGAGCACCAGUUGGCAGGGUCAAAGCUCCGUUACACCUAGACCAGUGACCAAGCACACUCCUUCCUUCGCUGAGCAUCGGAAAGACACCAACAGUAGCACCAGUGACUCGCCAGGGGACAUGAUCACUCUGCCCACUGAGGAGAACUACGAGCUGCCUGAGGAGAACGCAGAGCCGAAGGAGUUCAGCGAGGAGCCAAUGGAGAUGCAAUCCGAGCGUUUCCAGGCUCAAGGAAGAAAGGCUGGCAGACAUUUCGACGCUUCUCAUUACAAUCGCCCGGGUACCAAGAUGUACAGUCAGUCGUCGAAGAACUACAAGUCACCGCGACCCUACAGCGAGCCGGCCAAGUUGUACAGCGAACCAGCCAAAGUGUACAGUGAACCCGAGAAGGUGUACGGAGAGCCAGCUAAGGUGUACAGCGAGCCAGCCAAGGUUUACAGCGAGCCGGCGAAAGUGUACAGCGAGCCUGCCAAGGUGUACAGCGAGCCAGCCAAGGUCUACGGUGAACCGGAAAAGGUGUACUCGGAGCCAUCGAAAGUCUACGGUGAACCAGCCAAGGUGUACUCUGAGCCAGCCAAGGUCUACUCGCAACCUGCCAAGGUGUACAGCGAACCUAGCAAGCUUUACGACUCGGAGGGUCAGCCAUUGAGUCACGAACGUAGCGGAGAACCUGAUGAGCAGAACUACGAGGUGGAUGAGUCUGUCAGCGUGAGUAGCAAUGGCAACGUUCACGGACCACAAAUGAUGCUCACGGAGCCCUCGAACGCGUCUGAAGUGGAGGAUGGUCACAAGGUGGGCUACGUGGUCGAGGGCAGGAACUACAGGAAAUACAGGGUCGAGGAGAGAACUCCUGACGGCUUCAUAGUUGGCGAGUACGGAGUAGUGAGCCACGAUGACGGUUCCUUGAGAGGUGUCAGGUAUACCGCGGACGGUACCAUCAAUCCUCGACUCAUUUACGACGCACUCAUGAAAUUCCUGGCUCUGUGAGGGAGCCAGGGGAUGAAACGAUGAACAGAACUGUGUGCAGGCGAGUCGACUGGUCGCGUGGCUUUGUUCGCUGCUGGUUAGAUGAAGCAAUAUGACUGAUAUUU